UCCGAAUCUCCUUUCCGGCGGAUCUUAGCCAUUAGAGCACACAGCGUCACCUUCCGCCAGCCAACGUUAGCAGUCUCGGCGCACUUUUAGCUGUUAAAAGCAACAAUAAAUUUGUAUAGAUUUCAAAAAGUACAGUAUCGGAAAAAUCGCCGGGAGACUUUCUGCGACCUGUCGGGGUGGUCGCCCACAAGAAAAUGAUAAUAUAAUAAUUCUAUUUUACAAAAUAUUACAAUUACGAAAACUCCUCCAAUUAAUUUAAUUUCCCCGUAUAUAUAUUUCUUUUAAUUUGCUCUUAUACGGUGUUGAUGAUUAUAUAGAGCGAAAACAGAGCAAGGAAAAAGAAAAACUCAAACAAGCUUCUUUGUUUCGUAAUUUAACCAAACCCCAUUUCUUGGUUUUUACUGUGUAUUAAAGCUGUUUUCUUCUUUAUUAUCUUCUUGUUCCUCUACUUGUUCUUGAUACAUAUUUCAUGGUUUUUUCUUUUUCAUGUCUAUGCGCUUAGAGCAUGACUACAUAGGCUUAUCAUCAGAGGUUCCUCCAAUGGAAAGCUCUGAUAAGAAGUUCUCUGCUGGUGGCCUUCACUUGAAAGCCACCGAGUUAAGACUCGGGUUACCUGGGUCAGAGUCACCGGAGAGAGAGAAUGGGAACUCUCAACUUAAUAUCGGUGUGCACUGUAACAACAGCGGAAGCAGCAGCAGCAGCAGCAGCUGCUGCAACAACAACAAUAAUAAAAGCUUUGUGUUAGGUGCCAAAAGGGGAUUUUCUGUUGCCAUUCACGGUGGCUCUGCCAACUGGGUUUUCUCAGGCAGUCCUGGAUCUGAGCCUGCUUUCUCUCCCAGAGCUGCUAAUGCUGGCAAAGUGAUUACUGGGUCGGAUUCGGUUCCGGUUAGCAAAGACGGGUUGCCCCAGUCCCCCAAACCGAUCGCGCAGGAGAAGAAGAAUCAAAUUCUUGGAGUUAAUGGCCAUGGAGUGGCUGCUGCUUCUAAGGCACAAGUUGUGGGAUGGCCACCAAUUCGGUCCUUCAGAAAGAAUACAAUGGCUUCUCACACUCCAAAGAAUGAUGAUGAUGCAGAAGCCAAGUUGGGAUCUGGAUUUCUAUAUAUUAAAGUCAGUAUGGAUGGUGCUCCUUAUCUGAGGAAGGUUGAUCUCAAAACCCAUGGCAGCUAUACAGAACUCUCUUCAGCACUGGAAAAGAUGUUCAGCUGCUUUACAAUUGGUCAGUGUGGUUCUCAUGGAGUUCCCAGCCGAGACGGACUGAGUGAGAGUCGAUUGAUUGAUCUCUUGCAUGGUUCUGAAUAUGUGCUCACCUAUGAAGACAAAGAUGGUGAUUGGAUGCUUGUUGGUGAUGUUCCUUGGAAGAUGUUCACCGACUCUUGUAGGAGGUUGAGGAUUAUGAAAAGUUCAGAGGCAAUUGGCCUAGCCCCAAGAGCCAUGGAGAAGUGUAAAAGUCGCAACUAGUGAGAUAGUGUUGCUAUCAACAGAUCAAAUCCACUGUCUUGGCAAAUGAUGAUAGAUGCUUAUGGUAUUUGAUUGUUGAAAGCUUUUAAUGGGUCUCAAAAUUGAGUUCUCUGUUUCUUAUUUGCUUAUGUUUCUAGUUAUUGCACUUGGACUUGGUUGUAGUAAGAAAAUCUCGGGUAGGGAGGAACAAAAUAUUAUGAACGCUGAGGCUUUAUAGGCCUGUGCCCUCCCCCCCGUUUCUUGUGUAAUCUUAUUUGUGGAUGGCCAUACAAUAUUGUGUGAA